AUGGUCAUAGAAGAAGAAGAAGAGAAACUUGAUUGGUCGACUGAUUUAAUUGAUUCACUUUGGUUUCACAUCGGAAGUUUUUUAUCUAUCAAUGAUAUUGAACGGUUAAGUCGAACAUCGUUUCGUCUACGCACAUUGUUUACUACUAACGACUUUUGGUCAUAUCUUAUUCGCAGACAAUUCGGUUCAGCCAUUUGGCGUCGUUUCAUUAAAAAUCCGUCGAUUCUACAACAAGACGACAAGCGAUUGAACUCGUCGUGCCGUUCGAAACUAAUUUACUCCGAAUUAGUUAAACGUCAAUGCGUAUCAUUUGGUGAUUUUGAUCAAAUAAAUCUCGAUACGAAUCGUAAUUAUACAACUAUAGCCGAUUCAUCAAGUUUUAGCGGCCAUGUUCUCUACAUACAUGAUUCAGUUGAGUUUUGUUAUGCUCUGCAUAUUGAAACUAUGUUUAAGAAUAUUCUACCCGGCCGAUACGAUGUUAUCUGUCGGAUGAAACUCGAUCUACCUUACAUGUUAGGUGAAACCGAAUUCGUUGCUAUUGCUGAACAAACAAAUCCCGGUGAAAUCGCUUAUACUCAAUGGACACAAGAGGAUUUUCUUUCCAUGUAUCGUUGUUUUAAUUGUGAUCUGACCGGAACCAAUCUAUGGUUUUACCAGCAAAUAGGUGUUGUAGAGAUUCAUGGUAAUGAUUUAUGUAAUGUGUAUGUUUCAAUUACGAAUCAAGAUCCAAUACAUGCUAAACACGGCGUCUAUUUCGAUUUCAUUGAAUUAAAACUACGUUCGGAAUAA